AAAGUAGUUUAAAUCAUCUUGAGGUUCAAACAAGGAAACUGUAAAUAUUGCGAGAGUUUAUAUAGAUACAUGUAUACAUACUAGUUGAUUUAUAAAUUAGAUUAGUAACUAUGUCUACACCAGGUACCCAAAGGUACAGUAGACUUAUGCUUACAUUAAUAAAAGGUGGAACAAAAUUAACAAGAAGAUUUGUUGAGAAAAGAGUUAAGGAUCUUAGCGAGAAUGGUGAAGAAGAUACUAUCGAUGAUUUUUUGUUAAAGAAUAAAUAUGUUAUAUUACAACAGAAAUUGGGAAAGAACAAGGAAAAUGUAUUUUUUCCACGUUCCGGUCACACAAAUCUAGAUAACUGGGACCUUUGCAUGUUCUGUUUCAUUCUAGAAGAAAUUUGUGAUCCGUCACAAACAACAAAGAUGCGUAUCAAGAAGCUUUUAAAGAUCCGGAAUAAACUUUGUCAUUUACAUGACCCAACGUUAGAAACAGAAAAAUUCGACGAGUAUUUUGAUGAUUUGAAAGUCAGCUUUGAAUGGUUUUUAAAAGAGAUCAAUGAUGAAAUGUUUACAGAGGAAAUGAAUGAACUUGUUCAGUCAUUAGCCACUGAUCCUUUGUCAAUGGAUGAAACGCUUAAAGCUAUUCAUAAUAUGUACCGCUCAGAAUGGACACAAAGAGAAGUCUUGGAAAAAAUUGGGAGUGGCCAAGACUUGACAAAUGGAAAGCUUGACACACUUAUUGAAACGGUUGGAGUACUUGUUUCUCGUUUGCCAUCUGGAGCUUCUGUAACCAUUCCGGGAAUUGGACUGGUGAUAGAGGUUGAAAAUUGUAGUGCAGAAGAGGAGAAAGAAAUUUUAGAUAAUUUAGAGAAAUUCUUUAACGAGGCUAUCGAACAGAAAAUAUCAGGUGCUGAGGAAGAUCUAACGAAUGGUGCUCUGCAUACAGUAAGGGAAUCUGUUAAAGAAGUGUUUCGAAACUUUUUCAUGAGGGGAAGACACAUUAUAAUUGUGAAGCAAAGGUGUCUGUUGCUUACAAUAAAAUGUACAUCAGUAAAAAGCUUUCUCGAAAUGAUCCGCGAUUACAGAACUGGAGAUCUCUCAAUACAACUCUCAGGCAUUGAAACAGCUAUAAAGAAUUGGCAAGGUUGUGGUAAUAUCCAACUUGUCAAUCUCAUCUUCAAAGAGGAAUUCAUGGAAGUCAUGGAUGACAUUGUUUCCAAGUUAUGUAAACAAGUUAAACAAACCGAGGACACUGUCGUACAAACAGGUUCCAAUGCAGAGAAUUCCAUUCGUGUAACACUUAAAUUUCCUACAGUUUCUGAAAGGGAAACAGUACAAAACCGUUUUGAAACUGAAAUGUUUGUGGACAAAAUGAAUCGCAUUCAAUCAGAACUAUGCGGAAUGCUGAACGUAGAAAGAAUGUCGUUAACAGACAAACUUGUCGUUAUAGAAGAUGCAGUAUCGAAUUUUGGCACUGUGAAGAAGAAAAAAUGUUUGCAACCAAAAAUGGCAGACUUGUCUCAGUACACACUACCAAACAGUACAGAUGUUUGUCUGUUAGACUGUAUGACAGCAUUCAAGAAUCUCACAGACCAAGAGAAGAGGUAUGCCCAUCAUGUGUCACAGGCAGCAUGGUAUGGGGGACUUAUUGUACUUGUACAGACUUCCCCAGAGUCACCUGGUAUAUUCCUGCUUCUGCAGAAAAUGUUCAGAGCUCAGUCUGUAGAUGAGCUUAAAACAUUGGCAACAACUGAACUUGGGCUCUCACCUGAAGAGUUUGAUGCCAUUUUAAUCUAUGCAUCAGGUUUCUACGCUAAUAUGGGAAACUACAAGUCAUUUGGUGACAGCAAAUUCAUUCCUAACCUACCAAAGGAAAAAUUUGAAGCUGUUGUCCUUGGCAGUGCUGCAUGCAAAUCUGACCCAGACAAGAUGAAGGCGCUAUGGAAUGCUGUAUCUGAAAGAUUGUAUUCCCUGGAAAACAGGCAGAGAGAACUUGGACUUGGAGAAAAGGGAACUACCACAUAUUUCUCAAGCAACUGUGACUUACAAGAUGCAGAAGUAGCUCAAGAAUUCCUUACUGCGAAGAAUCUCAGUGCCUAUAAUACCAGACUGUUCAAAAAGUGUGCGCAGGGAUCAGGCCCUGUUGAAUAUGAAGUUAGGCUGGCUUCAGUAGAGACAGAAAAUGGACCCCUACCUGGUUGUCCAGAUGGUAUGUUGGGUAGUCACCAGUUUACACCAAAAGGCUGGUCCACUCCAGUGACAUUCCAUGUUACAAGGGGUGAUUACUCUAAACUGAUGGCCCAUGUAGCUCAAGCUUUGGAAAAAGCAAAGAGUGCUGCUGCCAAUGAUAAUGAGGUAAAAAUGUUGAGAGAGUAUAUAAAGAGUUUUAAAACGGGGUCAAUACCUGCCCACAAAGAUGGUUCAAGGUACUGGAUUAGAAAUACAGGCCCUGUAGUUGAAACGUACAUAGGCUUUAUUGAAUCAUACAGAGAUCCCUUUGGUGUGAGAGGAGAGUUUGAAGGCUUUGUUGCUGUUGUGAGCAAGGAAAUGAGUGCGAAAUUUGGUGCACUGGUAGAAAAUGCUGAACAUCUACUGGCCAAGUUACCAUGGCCACAGUCCUACGAGAAAGACAAGUUUCUCAGACCAGAUUUCACAUCUUUGGAAGUGUUAACAUUUGGUGGAUCAGGAAUUCCAGCUGGUAUCAACAUACCAAAUUAUAAUGAAAUUCGUCAAGAUGAAGGGUUCAAGAAUGUAUCUCUGGGAAAUGUACUAACAGCUGGUUAUAAGGAUACAAAAGUUACAUUCCUCUCUGAUGCUGACAAGGAGUUGUAUACCAAGUUGAAGAUACCAUCAUUUGAAGUUCAAGUGGGACUACACGAGUUACUGGGACAUGGAAGUGGAAAACUUUUUCAUCAGGAUGAGAAUGGAAAGUUUAAUUUUGACAUUAACUCAGUGACACAUACAGAGACAGGUGGAAAGGUUACUAGUUGGUACAAGUCGGGUGAAACAUGGGACAGUAAAUUUUCUACUGUGGCGUCGACAUAUGAGGAGUGUAGGGCUGAAUGUGUCGGACUGUAUUUAUGUCUGUCUACAGAUGCACUGAGGAUAUUUGGUCAUGAGGAUGAUGAUGGGGAUGACAUUGUCUAUAUAAACUGGUUAAACAUGGUCCGUGCUGGACUUCUAGCCCUGGAAUUCUACUUUCCCGAGACUCGUGCAUGGAGGCAAGCUCAUAUGAAUGCCAGGUUUGUGAUACUUCGUGUACUGCUGGAAGCCGGUGAGGACCUCGUAAAAGUUGAGAAGAUAAAAGGUGAAGAUGGUAAUCCAGAUAUUCGUAUAACCUUAGAUAGGUCAAAGAUCAUCUCUGUGGGUAAACCUGCCAUUGGUGACUUCCUUAGAAAACUGCAGGUAUACAAAGCAACAGCAGAUGUUAAAAAUGGCAAGGAAAUGUAUGACAGAUACUCUGAUGUACAUGAUAGUGAUGAACCACAUUUUAUAUCCCUCCGAGAAAUAGUUCUAGCCAGAAAGCAGCCUAGAAAAAUGUUUGUGCAGCACAACACAUCAUUAUGUGGAGAUGGCAGCAUCAGCCUAGAGAGUUACGAGGCUAGUCCAGCAGGUCUGAUCAAAUCCUGGGUGGAUAGAUUCCCUAACUCUGAUGUUGAUAACAUUAUCGAAGAGCUGUGGAACAAGGAUAAGCCUUACUUUGAAUAGGAGAUACAAACUGAUGGCGGAAAAAAGGAAAGAAUUGUUAGUGAAAUUAAAGAGACAUUGAAAUAGUGAAAAUUUAAUUAAAGAGACAUUGAAAUAGUGAAAAUUUGGUUGACAUUUGAAAAGCAUAUGUAUGAAACUGUUAAAUUCUAAUUAUGUUCUAGGGAAUGGCAUGCACUAAAUAAAAUAUUAUUUUUCUAACUUACAAGUUACAAAUAACUUAUCAGAAUAUAUUGUCUAACAUUUAAUGUAACUAAAAUGUAUUGUGUUACAUUAAAUAUUUAUGAUUAAGGACAUACAAACUUUGUUGAAAAUACACAAAAAAGGAUUGUUAGUGAAAUUAAAAUGAGACUGAAAUAAUGAAAUUUGAUAAAGAGAACACAAUGAAAGAAUUGUAAGUGAAUAUAAAGUGACAUUGAAAUAAUGAAAUUUUGUCGACAUUAACAAACCAUAUGUAUGAAACUGUUAAAUUAAAAUUAUAUUCUGGAGAAUUGCAUGCACAAUAACAAAUUAUUUUCUAAACUUACCAGUAACAAAUUACUUGCCAGAAUGUAUUUGUCUAACAUUUAAUAUUUAUGAUUAAGGAUGAAAAAAAACGACACAGGACAGAUCUGUUAGUGAAAUUAAACAUUAAGAUUGUGAAAUUUGGUUGACAUUGAUAAAGCAUAUGUAUGAAACGGUCAAACCAUUAAAUUUAGAUUAUAUUUUUUAGGGAUCUGCAUGAUUCAAAUUAUUUUUCUAACUUAUCAGUAACAAAUCAUUUACCAGAAUUUAUUACAUGCUUUUCGGUGGUUUAUAGAAAUAUAUCAGUGAUAUAAAACUGGUAAUUUCACUCUUUGAAACAGUGAAAUUACCACUUUGAUAAUUUCACUGUUUUGAAUUUAAGCCCCUUACGUUGUUUCAGUGAAAUUCCAGCGUGCACAGUACUGGGUACCAACUUCAUGACGUGACGUCAUAAAUGACGUCACGUUGUAUUAUUAUUUGGCGCGCUUUUCAUUAAGUAUU